AUGCCGACAUCAAUUUGGAAUGAAAAUCCAAUUGAAUAUUUAUUAUUCAAAAAAAUAUAUUCGAUGAUUGUUAGUCUCAUCUAUCCACUCGCAUUUUAUUGUGUUCUAACAAAAUCCAAAAAAGUUUCACAUAUUUUGAAAAUUUUACUGAUACUCCAUCUUUUUUGUAUCACUUUUCAAUGGCUUGUCAAUGCUUGGCUUGCAGAUCCAUUUUAUUUUUAUCCAAUGAAAAUUACACGGUAUGAUGGUUUGUUAUCAAAUUAUUUUCCAGCAACUACUUUAUACAUUUUGAUGUAUACCUCUUUUUUCUGUGAGUUUUCUCAAUCUAUUUUUCAAUUCGACUUUGAACUUAUUUGCUUAUUGUUCAGUUUCGAUUGGUUCUUGCCUUCUUAUUUAUUUCAAUCGAUUAUUUAUAAUCCAACAUAUUUAUUAUCCACGCCCUUCAAAAUUCCAAAAACAAUACGAAAAAUAUGUGUAUUUGUUUGUUUGUUUUUAUUCCAUCAUUCCAAAUGCAUUCAUCAUUCCACAAGUUCCUAAUCAAAGUUUAGCCAAAUCAAAUGCUGUCAAGAUUUUCAAUUAUCUCCCAGAUUGUAUUAAUGAUUCAAAUGUCGUAGUUGCCUGUGAUGCCAGCACAAAUUGUAUGACAAGAACAUCUUACAACUAUAUUAUUUGGUUAUCUUCGAUUGCAUUUAUAAUGACAAGUUCUACAGUAUACUCUUCAAUUAGAUUAUCACGAGGUGUAAAGACAAAAAGCACUGCAACUCGAAUCAGACAUAAAAGGUUUCAUCGAAACACAUUUCUUCAGGUUUUAUUUUGAAACUCGUAAUUAUGUGAUCUUUGCAAUGAAAUAUUUUAAGGCUUUCAUUCAAAUGUUUUUCGCUACUGUUCCUAACACAAUUGCCAAUUUAUCAGUGAUUUUUCAAAUCGCAACUCCCGGCCUCGUUUACUUCAUCGAUUUUGUCUCUGAAAACCAUUCAACGUCAGGCGUCGUCACAUUAUUUUUGUUCUAUGAACCUUACAAAGAAUAUAUAAUUAGUUUAUUCAAAAAGACCACCAAACCAAAAGUUAUAGUAAUUAUAAUUCGUGAUAAAUGA